AUGGCUGCUCAAUACGACCUUCCGGUUGAUAGCGUGCCGGGCACAGUCCACCUGGUGGAUCUGGAGCACACCAUGCACACUCGACACGCUGAUGGCUCUAAAGACGUCGUACUGGUUCCCACUCCAUCGAGCGACCCGGACGAUCCAUUGAACUGGUCCCCGCGGCGAAAGCUUAUGUCAACCGUCUCGGUGAACGUAUAUACCUUGGUUGUUGGAAUAGCUAACUCCGUCGUCUACUCUGUUCUGGUCCCGCUUUCUGAGGCUUCUGGAGUCUCGAUAAGCGCUUUAAACCAAGGCACUGGAUACCUGUUUCUCCUCUGUGGUUGGGGAUUGCUGUUUUGGCAGCCUUUCGCACUCCGAUAUGGCAAGCGGUUGACCUACUUGAUCUCCAUUGUUGGAACCAUCUCUCUAAUGAAAUUUAGGCCCUAUAUUCACAGCAAUGGAGUUUGGAUUGCCAAAAACAUUGUUGGAGGUUUCUUCGCCGCCCCGAUCGAAGCUCUUCCAGAAAUAUCGGUCACUGAUGUGUACUUUCAACAUCAACGGGGCACUUACAUGGGCGUCUAUGCUUUCUUCCUCGCUGGGAGCAAUUAUUUCGCCCCUGUCAUUUGCGGAUUCAUAGCGGAUGGACAAGGCUGGAAAUGGGUGUUCUACUACCCAUCGAUCUUCUGCGCUGUCGCUCUGGUGUUUUGUUUUUUCUUUAUGGAAGAAACAAAUUACCAUCGGUCCACGGUUGGCAUCGUUGAGACAGCUAGCGGGACGCAGACUCCGAUGUCUGUGGCAAAAGAAGAAAAAGAAAUCGAAAAGAAUGCCACCACUGUCACCAGAGAACCCGAGGGUGGCAGUGUCGAAACUGGUCCCGUUCACUACUCCAGCAACAAAACCUUCUUCCAGAAGUUGACUCUUUGGCAACCAUCGCCUGGCCAGGAUGUCUUCUCGAGAGCUAUUAGUUCGUUGAAGUAUCUUGGUUGGCCAGUCAUAUUCUAUGCUGGCUUCAGCUAUGGGAGCUACCUAAUUUGGUUCAACGUUUUGAAUGCGACUGCCAGUCUCAUCCUCUCCAGUCCACCAUAUAGCUUCAAGGCGUCUAUGGUUGGCUUAUCAUACGUCUCCACAUGUAUCGGGGUCAUUUUCGGGUGUUUCUUCACUGGCAAAUUCAGUGAUUGGCUCACCAUCCGGCUAGCACGUCGCAACAACGGGAUCAUGGAGCCUGAACAGCGACUGUGGCCUUUUGCUGCCUGCAUCAUCAUUGUUCCUGCCUCCCUGAUACUCUGGGGUGUGGGUGCUGCUCACCACGUCCACUGGUUUGGCUUGAUCUUCGCCAUGGGCACACUUGCCGCCUCCACCUGCUUUGGGAUUACGCUCAGCGUCAACUACCUCAUCGACACAUACCACGAGAUUAGCGGAGACGCAAUGAGUACGGUCAUUAUUGUGCGAAACACUAUGUCCUUCGCUAUUGGGUAUGGUAUCACUCCCUGGGUGGAGAAUUUGGGUCUUCAGAAUUGCUUCAUCUCGGCGGCAUUCAUAGGCAUGGCAGCCUCUUCUGUCUUUUUGAUUAUGAUUGUCUGGGGCAAGACUUUCCGAGAGCGUAGCCGCGUCAAGUACUGGAAUCUGGUUGCGGAACUCAUGUCAAAAGGAAUGGCAACCACCUAG